AUGGCGCUUGAUCUGACCCCCGACCAAUGGGAGCGGCUCACGGCUUGGAUACGAGAUCGCAGCGGUCUGCCCGACUCGGAAGCCCUUACGCUGUUCCAGGAUUUUGUUCUUGAACUGCUUCGUAACUUACACAGUUGUAACGAGCGGAAAUGGCUAGAAGAGCAGCUUUCAGGGCUAGUGGACAAUCCUACUGAGUUUUUACGUGAUCUAGAAAUUUUCUUGAAGGGCUUGGGCGCGUCCGCGCCUCCAUCACUUAAUUCUGGCACCCCGUUCGUACUGGUGGCACAUGUCCCUUACAAAAACCUCAACGCGCAAGACGUGCAAGCUGCUUUCGCGCCCUUUGGUGCCAUUGUGUCUUGCCGUGCAGACGUGGAUUCUCGGAGCCUACUUGUCCAAUUUCGGAAAGUUGCGUGCGCAAUUCGGUGCACCAAAGCGGCCACGCUCUUCUUUAGCAACAGGUUCGUUACUGUCGAGUUAUACCAGGGCGACCCUGAAAGUUUUGGUAGCGUGCGGCUAAUUGGUAGUGCCCCUCAACCGGUGGCUGCAGAUUCGGAUCCGGUUCCGCCUUCGGCUGCGAAGCCCUCACCUGUUCCCUUCAAUGACCGCGUUCAACAAGUCCAGACCGCCCAGCAAACCAUAUUCGAGCAAAAUCAGCGUUCUGCUGAAGCCUACAAGCACAAUUUCGCUCAGUUGUUUGAGUCGAAGGAAAAGCUACUUCGGGCGCACCAAGCCGCUCUGCAGGAACUUAAGCAAAAGGUUCUCGCCACAGAGGAUCCGGCUAGUAUCUCUCGAACAAUCAUAGAGUUUCAAGAACUACAGAAGAAUAUGGAGAGCCUUGGUAUAACGCCGAUUGCCAUGGUUCAGCUGAAACUUCAGAAGUUUAACCUCGACGACCCGUCGGAAUUCCCUGUCGAGAGUCCGCGCGCGCUCGCGGUCAAGCAAAAGCGAACUAAGAAGGCUGCAUCAUUUCGGAGAAAAAUCAAACGCAGAAGAUGA